AUGGUUGCGAAACUGGGAGGCCCCCCCAAAGUGUUCCUCCUGGUAUGCUUCAUCCUCCAGCACAUUGACGCAAUUUUGCAGAUCAGUAGCCGCCACGCGAAUCAUGAAAAGGGAAGAAGUCAACUAAACGUAAGUUUCAAGGGGAGGCACGACAUCGUUACGGGGAAAAGAGGAGGCCGGUGCAGCGCGAGGGGACAAAAAUACGCAAAGGUUGGCACUCCAUCGAUGGGUCUGCUCUUUCUCAAGGAAAGAAGAAAAAGAGGUCGACAAGACACUUACGGUAGGGGGCACCCCUUAAAUGAGCGUGGGGGGUAUUUUCUACUCCACGUAAGCAGUUCUGUGUUGAUAAGGAAUUUCCUUUUUUUAAGUCCCCAAUUGGGGAAGCAAGAUGGGCACAGAACAAAGUGGCGUUUCUGCGCAGGGGAGCUAUGCGAGAAGAAGCGCAAGUUCGGAUGGAGGCUCGCGAUGGCGGAGGCGGCCAAAGAAGAUAUCCCCCCUGAGGAAGGUGUGCAGAGGGAGAUUCAUCAAAAUGGACAAGAUAUCAACAAAAACCUCAUCGCGGAGAUAGACAAAGAAGAGUCCUCUGAAGAAAGGGAAAAAAGAGAAAGGCUGACAGAACACAUAAGAAAAAAACUUCUAACCAUCGAAUAUAUCGACGAUGACAACGAACGGAGCGAAAUUCAGCUGAAGGUUCACAUCAAAGGCAGUUUGAGAGAACACUACUACGACAUGUGCGUAAAACAAUAUAGGCAAAACAAACUGAAGGAAAAUAAAUACGAAUACUCCUAUUUCAAAGACGUACCCAUUAACAACUUAAUUAAUUACAUUAAGAAAGAGGACUACCUAGAGAUCUUCCUCAAACAUGUGAAUGAUGACAUAAUUAAGGUUUAUGAAAAAAUGAAAAAACUACACUUGAUCGGAUCGCCAAAACUUAUGAACAAUAUUAACCACAUGAGGAUUAGCAAAUUUGACGAUAUAUCUCUAAUCUUCUCAGUGGAUAAAUUUCCAAAAAUAAAAUUUAACAAAUCGUUUGUAGGGUUACCGAUGAAGGUAGAAAUUCCUCCUUACGAAAAAGGCAGCACUUUUAAGGAAUUCUUAAAGGUCAUAAAAAAUGAGAAGGAAAAAGAAAAUGAAGUUAUAAUAAAUGUGGAUGAAAAUCAUAAGGUAGAUUGGAAUGACGAUGUUUAUGUUAAUGUGUGCAGGGGGUGGGUAUACAAUUCGAGUAACGAGUACCACAGUGAUAUGUGUACCGUUGAAGGGGGAGUGACAAACAAAUUGGAACCAAGUGGAGAGGAAAGUAGCCAAGAAAAAACCUCCGAUGAUGAUGCAGAACUGAAUGAAGCGUUGGAGAACCCAGACAGAAUUAAAGACCUCAUCGAUAUCGACAAAACGGAAGAUGAAUUUAUUAACAGUGAAGAAACGUGUGAUGAGAAAAAGGCAGAGGAAAUUACUCACCAAAAUGAUGAAAAAUUGUUUAAUGAUACAAGUAGGAAAGACAUGGAGGAGUGUAAAUACUAUGACGAAUUUUUUCAGAGCUCUAAAUUUACAAAAUACUUCAAAGAAGGGUAUCAACUGCCGACGGAUGUCAUUUCCAUGAAUGGUGAAGUCAUCACCGUGAAGGAGAAUUAUAACCCCUUGGGGGUUAACGAGUCUCUUAUCGGACUGUCCCGAAAUGAUAAAAAGAACAUAACCGCCUACCUCCCUGUGGAUCUGUUCAAGGCGCACUUUGACUCCUCCCCUCCUCUGGCGGAUCAAAAGAACUUCGAAGAAGCUCCCAACGUUAAGAACAUCGACAAGGAGAGCAUAACCAAAUUCAGGGAAGUCAUUUACACCGAAAUUAAGAAGCUCAAGAGCCGCAACUUUUUUCAGAAGCUGGAGGAUAUUAUGAAGGCCAACCAGGGAAAGUUCUUCGACCGGGAGGGAGGAAGCGGCCAGGCGACUAGCGGUGAGCAGGCUAGCGGUGAGAAGACUAGCGGUGAGCCCACUACUGCUGACUCCACUACUGCUUACUCCACUACCGCCGGACAUGCCCCCGGGCACUCCCCCGGGAUGAAGGACAUCGAAUUUAUCCUAAACGAUAACAGCCCUCUGUAUGAUGGAGAAGAGACGCAGGACGAGGAAGAAGAAGAAGAAGCGCGAUCGGAUUCGCAGACUCACCCGCUGCGGGACCAGCCCAGGGGAGACCAAUCAGACGAGGAGGAAGAAACCCAGUUCAACAGAAACUUCGAUAAGUACCUAUCAGAGCUGCUCAAAGAUGAUAUCAAUUCCCUGGACGAGAAACUAUACGGGAGAGGAGCAACUUCAAGGACGGAGGACAUUCUUCGAAACGUUUAUGACCCCAGUGAGUACGAGAAAUGUGAAGAAGGAAAUGCAAAAGGGAGAAUAGGAGAACAAUCGGAUGAUGAAGAGACUAUAAAUGAUUAUAUCCUUGGAAAGUGCGACUUAGUGAAAUGCAUAUUGGAGGUACACGUGUUGGACAUCAAGUCACGAAAAAGGAGUGAACAAGAUAUAAACGAUUAUGUGAAAAAGAGGUACAACAAAACGGUGGAGGAGCUUCAUGACGAAGUUGAAGAAAGAGCGAUGAAAGACAUACAAAACAAAUGUGUUGACCAGAGGAGAAUGGAAUCUUAUAAAAAAUUAAUGGAAAUCUCGUCGAUAAAUGUACCCACAACGUUGUUUCGCGCGCAAGGGAAAAUGCUAUACAGUAGUUAUUUGAAGAAAAAAAAAAUGCAAAGCAGCGAAAAUGAUAAAAAUGAUAAGAACGAAAAAGUGUUAAGUUUUGAAGAGUUCAUUAACAAAUCACAGAAAGAAAUUUAUGACCAAGUGAAAUUCUCCUUUAUUGUUAAGACAAUUUUCCAUAACGCCAAAUUAAAGGUAAAUUACGACGACGUAAUAAAGGACGUGUUAAAAACUCUACUUAAAACCCCAACAAAUAAUGUGAAGUCAUUAAUAAAGAAAAUUCAUACCAUUCACCAGGCGCAAUGCGUCCUCGAUUUUGUGUCCCUAAAUGGUGACAUUACCUUCGCGACGAAUAAUAACUCGUCUGUCAAUUUUUCCGUCACCAUGAAAAAGGGAUCGCACUACACAAAGGAGGAAUUCCUAAAUGCAGACGAGGCGUUGGAGGAUGCCCAGGCAGGUGCUCCCACGGGGGAGGUAUUCCCAUCGGAGAAAUCCCCCCUUUGUGGUGAAGGAAGGGACGGAAAAAAUGAGGACACCUCUGGAAAGAUACCAAAUAGUGGAAACGAAACGGGGAAACAGAAAAUUUUUAACUUUACGGACGAAUCCAAUUUCGUAGUGGAGAACAAGAAAGAAAAUAAUGAGCAAGUGGAGCUGGAAUAUUUUACCUUUAAAAAGGGUGCGAAUUAUACCAAAUAUUUUCAAGAAAAAUAUAAAAAAAAAUGA